GUGAGGGAAGCCUCGCCCAGUCCACUUUUGCACACAAACUCGACGGUAACACAGAAAGAAACUACUUUGCAGACAUGUUAUUGUUUUACGCGACUCUUGCCUGCGUCUUGUGCGGUGGUUCAUCAUCUGAUGUUACGCUUAAAGAAAAGUGCUAUGGCAAAAGUCUGAGUUUACCAUUUUCCUACACACCACCGAUUUUCUUUGGACAGAUGUACUUCACUCCGAGGAAUGGGGGAUCCACGAAGCUACUGAUGGAUAACGGGGAGGCAAAGCACCCACGCCUCAAAGUUUCGCUUGGCUCAGUUAAAUUCACAGAUUUGACAGAAAGGGACGAAGGAACUUUUUCCAUCUCAAAAAACAACGAUGAACGACAAGAUGUCAUCAUACUGACAAUUAAGGAUUGUGCCUCCAAGGAAAUGGGGGUUUACUGGGACAAACACUCAUUUGAUCUUCCUAGAGAGGCUGAAUUCCUGGAGUACACUCCCCUUCACAGUGUGGACCAGCCAAAAGUCUUGUGGAAUCGCACCGACCCUCAGACCAAUGAGGGAGGGAGAGGGCGGAUGAGGAAUAGAGUCUGGGAGAUUAAGAAUCUCAUUCAGGCAGACAUGGGCCACUACAACCUCAGAGCAAAAGACAACACUUUGCUGUUUAGGAAACUGCUCGAAGUCAGAGAGCGCUAUAUGUACUAUGAUACGCAGGUAAAUAAGCGGCUCCUCAUUGCAAACCUUCCCGGCUUUCAACUAUGGACUGUGGAUUUUUCAUCUGAGGAGGAAGAGGAAAACCAAACAUUGAUGCAUGCAGGCCAUCUACGCACAGACAAUUACUGGUACUCAGGCCCUUUUAAAGGGAGGCUGUUCAACAGUGAUGAUGGCCUAGAGAUUGACCCUGUGGAAAGCACAGACUCUGGCACCUAUUAUUUCAGAGACGAACAAGGCAACCUGGCCCAGACUACUCAAGUGUUGGUAAACCCGGAACCAGUUGCAACAAUGGUUUAUGUCGGUAUUGCUGUCGGGAGUGUCUUUGCUGUGAUUGCCUGCUGUUGCUGUGUGAGGAAGUGCUGUUGUAAAAAGAGCUCUUCUAAGAGGGCCGAGUCUGCUCCUCAGACUGCAGCCACACCUACCGUGUAUUAUCAUGGUACGAAUCAACCUACGGGACGAAGUUACUCUGCUGCACCUGCUCUAGAUCACUCUACUCAUUACUCAGUGAAUAGCCUCGCUUCUAGAGAACCUACAACUAUCUCUCUUGAGCCACCGGUGUACAACCCAGCGAAUAUAAACGUGAACCCCCCUCAGCCUAAGGUUGCUCCUCUAGGAGGGCAAGGAGUCCAUCCAGCUCCUUCACUCGGCUCUGAUUGUCUCUCCUCGGACCCUGACAUAACGUUCAAACUGAAAGGAGCGACUGCUGCUCUCCCCCUCAGCUCAGGCUCAACUUUCUGUGAUGUUUAUGUCUCAGAUAAACUCAACUUUCUGUAAGGAGCACACCAACAAUUCAAGUGAUGCACUGUUGAAUCCAGCAUUGUACUUUGUGACUAGCAGGAACACAACCAUUUCACAACCUUGAUAAGGCUGUGUGAUAAAACGCACAUGAAUAAUUAAGUUCCUGCAAACCUGCAAAGUUGUGGUGAUGGAUGCACAGUAUAAGGACCAUGUAGAGAAACCAGACAUAAUCCUCACUAUGCUGACACGUGACCAGACUUAUUCUUUCUUGCAAUAGAAAUCCAAACACAAAUGCAAUGUGAUCAAAGAAGUUUGAGGCCAGUUCAGUAACUGCUGAUAACUAAGCAGUAGAGGGCAGGAGUUAUACAAAGACAUAAAUCAAUUUAAGAAUAAAGCUUGCUCACUGUAGCUCAAAACUGUAGUUAUUGUAGAGUGAACAGCUAUAAUCAGGAUAUUUGGGGAAAAUGUAAUAUUAAUGUGUGUUUUAAACUCAGGUUAUAUAAGGAAUGUAUUCUAUGCACUUUCUCCGGCUGCAUACAUUACAUUACAUUACAUUACAGUCAUUUAGCAGACGCUUUUAUCCAAAGCGACUUACAGGAAGUGUAUUCAACAUAGGUAUUCAAGAGAACUACUAGUCACCAGAAGUCAUAAGUGCAUCUCCUUUCUUAAACAAGCAUCUUAAAGCAUAAACCAGAGCAAAAGUAUAGUGCAGAGGCAAAUUACUACGAAAACAAUAAUUGCAACAGACUAAUACGAAUACAAUAAGUGCUACAAACUACUACGAAUAGGAUAAGUGCAGCAUAGUAUAUCAAAGGUAAGAUAAAUGUUACAAGGAUGUCUAAAAGUGAGUCUGUCAUGAUGACUGCACUCUUGGAGAUCAGAAAACCGCACAAUUGAAGCCACCACUGCUGUAUUUAUAUGUUUUAUAUGGUUGCUUCCAACCCUUAUGUGCCAAUUCAGGCAUAUAUAUCAACAGUGUCUGUGUGGCCUUUAUCAUACAAGUUUGACGAAUUAUAUGUGAUAUUAUUAUUUGUGUUACGCUUUGUAUAAAAAUUAUUUGUAUACUUGAAAACUACUACACUCUGUUUUUUGUUUGUGAAUAUUUUUCGAUUUUGUGUAAACUGGAGCUUUUUCCUAUUAUCUCUUCUUGUGGCUUUGUUAGAACUGCCUUUAUCAUUAGCCAUGAAAUCGAUGUAAACAGGUUUAUUUGAUAUAAAUAUUUGUCUGCAUUAUAUGUAAAGAUAUGUACCUAUACGUUGCCUUUUGCAUUUUUGUAAAAGGCAACGUAUAGUUUUCUUCUCUUUUUGGAAAGCUAAAUAAACUGCCUGACUGAACUGAAUAAAAUCCAGAUGUAAGCUUUAAUUCCAGAUGAAUGCAAUGUAGUAUCAAAUUUACUCUCAGCCACAGUUUUUGAAUCAGUGUACCAUGACAACUACAACAUGUAGUAUAGCAACGUAUAAAAAGGCAUUUACAGAUGGACGCCACAAUAUAAACCAAAAAACAAUGCAAACCAUACAAGUACCUUUUAAGUGUGCAGUGCAGUUCACUUCAGUAUCAAAAGAAAGCACCUUCUUUCACAGGUGCAUUAUUGUUGGAUAUAGGUUUUCAAAUGCGAUUUCGUUAUGGUUGAUAAAUUAGUAUUCUAUGUAAUU